UUCACUUGGUUUAUAUAUAACCGAACCAAGAAUAAAACCAAAACCGAGCCACUAGUCAAUUGAACGCUAGGGUUUGCGGUUAAGAAUAAGAGUCACUAUUCUAUAGUGAUUAGUUUAAUCGCAUCGCUUGGUCCAAGAGAGAAUAUACAGAGAAAAAGGUUCGACGACAGUUGUUAGCGGCAAUGGCGGCGGUGAAUAUUCAAGACGGUGUCUCCGAUGACUUUGACUAUGAACAUUGGGCUCCAAUCACUAGAAAAAAACUGGUGGAGAAUGGAGUUUGGGAUGUUGUUCAAAACGGAGUCUCCCCAAAUCCAACGAAGAUUCCAGCGUUAGCGGCUACUAUAGAGGUCGUAGAUCUCGCACAAUGGAGAAAUCGUGUGAUUAAAGACAACAAAGCGCUGAAGAUAAUGCAAUCUUCUCUCCCUGAUUCGGUUUUCAGGAAAACUAUCUCGGUUGCGUCGUCCAAGGAUCUUUGGGAUUUGCUCCAAAAAGGUAACGACAACGAAGAAGCUAAGCUACGUAGGUUGGAGAAGCAGUUCGAAAAUCUUAUGAUGUGGGAAGGAGAACCUAUUGAUUUGUACUUGGAUAGAGUUUUGCAUUUGGUUGAACAGUUUCGUAGUUCAGGAAAUGCGAAAUCUGAUGAUCAGGUUAUCGCUAAGCUUUUUACUUCGUUGUCAUGGUCAUACGACGAUGCUAUUCCUGUGUUGGAGGAACUCAUGAAUCUGCCUGAUAUGAUUCUUCGCGAUCUUCUUGGUGUAUUGAAUACGUAUGGUGAUCAUCCUGAAACUAUGCCUCGUGAUUUGAAGGAUGUCAUUAAACGUCUUAGAAAAUGCAAGUCUGAGCAGACGUGGUGUGGCGUGUGCAAGAAGUACAAUCACUACCAAGAAGACUGUUAUUACAACCCUAGGGUAGUGGACUUGAGUGGAGGCAGAGGCCAAUGCUUUCAAUGUGGAGAAAGAGGGCAUUAUGCUAGAGACUGUGGCAACGUUAGGACGGCAACACAAGCUAAGCUAGAUCGGAAGAGAGAAGUCAAAGAUGAUUUUACAUAUGAUGAGGAUAUGUGGAUGUUAUACACCACCACUGCGAAUCACAUGACUCCGUAUGAGAAGUUUUUCACAACUUUAGACCGAACAUACAGAGCUGGGGUUCAGUUAGCAGACGGGAAUGUUGUCAUGGUGGAAGGGAUUGGAGAUGUCAUGUUUAUGAUGAAUGGAGUGAGGAUGACAAUCAAGGAUGUGCUUUUCGUUCCCCGGGUCAACAGAAACGUUUUGAGUUUUAGCCGGAUGGGAAAAAGAGGCUUCUCAAUGGAAAUGGCAGGAGGUGAAUGCACUAUUAGGUAUCAGACUGGGAAAAUAUUUGUUAAAACCAUGCGUGAAAAGAGAGGCAUUGCUCUGCGUUUGGAGGUGAUUAAGAGGUAUUCACUUUGAAUAAAUUUGGAAGUAGACUUACUCUUUAGGUGGAAUAUAUCAAGUCGUUUAUGUGGUUUCAGUUUUGAUUUUGUCGUCUAAGAAAGCUUACUCGUAUUCUGCUACUGCAAUAUGAGUUAGUCUGGUUUUUUUAUUGGUUUUAGUCUAGUUGUUUGGAACCUAUUUUGUAUUCACUAAGCAUUGCUUUUGUCAA